GCUGCAGGAGUCGGUUUGGCAGGCCCAGCAGUGCUGGAGUUUGGGACAGAACUGCACCCAUGGCCCGCACUCCUCGCCACCGGCGCCUGGUCCUGCCGUUGCUGUGCCUGCUCUUCCAGGGCGCCACCGCCCUCCUCUUUGCGGUCUUUGUCCGCUACAACCACGAAACCGACGCUGCCCUGUGGCACUGGGGCAACCACAGUAAAGUGGACAACGAGUUUUACUUUCGCUACCCAAGCUUCCAGGAUGUGCAUGCCAUGGUCUUCGUAGGUUUUGGCUUUCUCAUGGUCUUCCUGCAGCGCUAUGGCUUCAGCAGCGUGGGUUUUACCUUUCUCGUGGCCACCUUCACCCUGCAGUGGGCCACGCUGGUCCAAGGCUUCCUUCACUCCUUUCACGGCGGCCACAUCCACGUUAGUGUGGAGAGUUUAAUCAAUGCUGACUUCUGUGCGGGUGCGGUGCUCAUCUCUUUCGGGGCUGUUCUGGGCAAGACGGGGCCAGCGCAGCUGCUGCUCAUGGCCCUACUGGAGACGGUGCUGUUUAGUGUCAACGAGUUCGUACUGCUCAGCCUCCUGGGGGUGAGAGAUGCUGGGGGGUCCAUGACCAUUCACACAUUUGGGGCCUACUUCGGGCUGUUCCUCUCACGGGUCCUCUACAGAUCCCAGCUGGAGAAGAGCAGGCACCGCCAGAGCUCUGUCUACCGUUCUGACCUCUUUGCCAUGAUUGGGACCAUCUUCCUGUGGAUUUUCUGGCCCAGCUUCAACUCUGCGCCCACAGCGCUCGGGGAUGGGCAGCAUCGGACAGCACUGAACACGUACUACUCGCUCACCGCAAGCACCCUCAGCACGUUUGCCUUGUCAGCCCUUGUCAGUGGGGAAGGCCGACUGGACAUGGUCCACAUCCAAAAUGCAGCACUGGCUGGAGGGGUCGUGGUGGGGACGUCAAGCGAAAUGAUGCUGACACCCUUUGGGGCUGUGGCAGCUGGCUUCCUGGCUGGGACUGUCUCCACCUUGGGGUACAAGUUCUUUACGCCUGUCCUUGAGUUCAGAUUCAAAAUACAAGACACGUGUGGUGUCCACAACCUCCAUGGGAUGCCAGGGCUGCUGGGGGCCCUCCUGGGAGUCCUGGUGACUUGGCUGGCCACCCACGAGGCUUAUGGAGAUGGCCUGCAGAAUGUAUUUCCGCUCAUAGCCGCCGGCCAGCGCAGCGCCACAUCUCAGGCUGUUUAUCAACUCUUUGGGAUGUUUGUCACACUGGUGUCUGCCGCUGUGGGGGGCAGCCUUGCAGGGCUCCUGCUGAGGCUGCCCUUCCUGGAUUCCCCUCCAGACUCCCAAUGCUUCGAAGACCAGGUUUACUGGGAGGUGCCCGGAGAGCAGGAGGCUGAGGUCCAGAGGCCUCUGCAGUCUGAGGAGACCCAGGCUUAAUUGCUGCCAACAUUACACUGUCUUCAGAGAGGAUGGCUUCUGCUGGCAUGACAGUGUCUGUCUUCAGAGAGGAUGGCUUCUGCCGGCAUGACACUGUCCUUGGAGAAGACAAUAGCUCUGCCAAGAGGCCCUUCUCAGCCCUUGUUACUAUUUUACAGGGAGGUCUAGACCCAGAAGGGGCUUACCACCUCUAGGUGGAUCCCCAUUAGCUUGCUCCUGUAGUCAUAAUAGGCCCAAGUCAGCCCUAGAUGACGGCUACCCCACUGGCCAGUGUUACCCCGUCCCAGUGAUACCUGAACCAGGCCCACUCUGGGUGUGAGACUGGAUGAUAAACACCACCAUCACCAAGACCCCGAUACCUUCCAUUUGUCUCUUUCCUUUACUCCUGAGGCCAAGUUCUUGAGGCAAUCAAAGAUCUUAGUGUUGACAAAGUCUCCUCAGGUCCACAUGCUCCUGGAUAUAUGUCCCGGAGAGUUCCACCCUCUCCAGUGGAGCGUCAGUGUCAGAAAGUCUGUGCUUGUUUUAGCCAGCUAAUGCUGCCCCCAAAUCCUUCCUGGUCCUUCCUUAACUGCUGCUGCCCUGGCCCUCAGCUGAGUUCGCUUCUGAGCAGAGUAGAAAAAGGCCCAAGAAGUGCAUCAGAAGGAGUGUCCUACCACAAAAUCUCAGAGCCAGAGGCAACUGAUGCCAGUUCACAGUCCUGUCCUGAGUCUGUGGAUCAGGAUCAGAAAGGUGGAUGAGGAAGGCGCCUGGAAUCCCGGUAGCCUAAACCAUUUGACCACAAGAGGGCACUCUAAAACCAGCAGAAGAAGAUGCCAGCCCCAGGUCUCACCUAGGUCCCUUGCAACCUAACCUUCCUAGCUGCCACAGCCUUCUCUGAGCUCCACCCCUUCUGUGUGUCAGAUGAUGUCAGAAAUUCCAUAUCUCACCCACUCACAGGGACUUUCCCCCCCCACAUCAGGAGGGACUGGGACCCCUCUUCCUUCUCUCACUUGGCCUACUAGUGGGCUUCUGGCAAUCACAGACACAUCUACCUCCAAACUAAGGUCCUUCCGAGCUAGGAAGCCAAAGGGAAAGAAGUAUCCUGGAGCCCAGCCUCUGAGAACGGCAGAGUUGCCCAGGGUUCACCUGGGCUCUCUGGGUUCAGGUGGAGAUGCUAGCCAGGGAGCUAUCCUCUUGUUCCCUCAACCUUCUCCCUUCAUAGAACCCUGCCCAUUGUUGGGUGAGGAUCCCAGGACUGAAGCAGAAAGCUCUUAAGUCACUGUGGAAAAGCAGCUCGGAUGGGUGAUGGCCAGCCAGCUGGCCUGGCCUGGCCUGGCCUGGCCUGCCCUGCCCCCGUUGCUGCCCAGGCUUUCCUGUGAACAUUUUCAGUCUCUACUGCUGGUUUGUUCUAAACUGCAACCAAGCCUUUUCUUCAGGCCUGAAAUAAAUGGGCUCUUCCGGCUCUGAGAGAAGGUCAUCUCAAUCCUGGAGAAGGGAAAUGUGAGUCCUUCUUCAGUUAGGGCAGUCGCUCUGUCACUAGCCCCAGGGUGGCCUGACAAAAGGUCACUGUGAAGAGAGACAAGGUGAGGAUGCUCAUGACCUACGACAUCACCAGUCACUGCCACAGAGUCCGGUGUGCAGGAUGACACAGACUCCACCGCCAGCCCUGGUGUUCUGGCUCUGCUGUUCCGCGCACUCCACCGGGGCCUACCUCUUUAAAACUACACUUUCGUUUUC